UAUCUACCUGGGACACAAUUGUAGAAGCUGUCAAGAGAGUAGCAGAAACCUUGGCUAGCGGUUCAUGAUGAAGAGAUACGCAGCAGUAAUAUUUGUCCUUCUGGUUUCAUGUAUCUGCAGGACAUUAGGACAGACAUGUGAAGGAAACUGUGGGGAAAAAUUAGACACAUGUUCAUGUCACUCAACGUGCACUUCUCUGAAGAACUGCUGUACAGACUAUAAAGAGUACUGUGUGGAAAUCUUUCCAUAUUCCGGCUCCAUUUUGGGUGGGACAGAUUUUAUGGUCCUUGAUGCAAAUUUUAAUAAGACUUCCAAGAUUAUAUGCAGGUUCAACAAUAAUACCAACACUCUGGGGUAUGUGGAUGAAAACAGUAGAGGCCAUUGUAUCUCCCCACUGUUGUAUGAAACAGGAUGGGUUCCUUUGGACAUCUCCUCAGAUAAUGGCACUACAUUCAGAAGAGUUGGAUCCUGGCUCUCAGUGCACACUGGCAAGUUAGAUGCUCAGUUUAAGGCAACUCUGGUCAACUCAACAAAAUGGCAGUACUAUGGCACACCCAACGUUGGAGGCACUCUUGAGAUGACAUGGAAUACCUCUUUGGUCAGAGCAGAGAGGGUCAAUAUAGAGCUCUGGGGAUACAGGGAGACAGGUGAAGCGUAUACAGACAGCUGGCAGGGUGAGUGGCUAUAUCUGUAUUCACUUGCAAAGGAUCAGCCCAACAAUGGUUCCUUUAGCUUUUUGCCCGAACCAGCAAAGAACAGCUUCUCUAGUUGGGAGCUUGGCUCUGUACGUGUCAGCCCCAGCACCUACCCCGAUGGCAUGUGGAAUGUACAAGCAGCGUGGACUGAGGAUCACGCUCUUGCCUGGCAUUUGGAGGAGAAGUUCAGGCAGAACUCAACGGUUUGGGCCCUGGACAAAUGUUUAGCAUGGGACCAGCUGGAAAAUCAGCUGCCCAACUUCCUCAGUGAGAUCAUAGACUGUCCUUGCACUUUGGCUCAAGCGAGAGCAGACACAGGGAGGUUUCAUACUGACUAUGGCUGUGAUAUAGAGAAAGGGAGCGUGUGCACCUACCACCCUGGGAGUGUUCACUGUGUAAGGGCAAUACAAGCCAGUCCUAAGUAUGCAGCCGGGCAACAGUGUUGCUAUGACAGCACCGGUGCUCAGGUCCUGACCGCAGACUCGAUUGGGGGUAGCACUCCAGACCGAGCACACGACUGGGGCUCACCUCCAUUCAACAAACCCCCUCGGAUACCUGGACAGUCCCACUGGGUGUAUGACGUCCUCAGCUUCUACUACUGCUGCCUGUGGUCUGACAACUGCCAAUACUACUUCAAACACCGGCCCUCCAGUGACUGCAGGCGUUAUCAGUCACCCAGCUCAGCUUUGGUGUUUGGAGAUCCCCACUUCAUAACAUUUGAUGGUGUCAGCUACUCCUUCAAUGGCAAAGGGGAAUACACUCUGGUGACCUCAGCGAAGAAGCAGCUGACAAUCCAAGGCAGAACAGAGCCUGUGAAUGGGACGGCGAUAAAAGCAACGAAACUGACGUCUGUAGCUAUGAAAGAAGCAUACUCUGAUGUUAUUGAGGUGCGGCAGGUCAGCGGUCACAAUGGCCUUGAAGUGCUGCAGAAUCAAAAAACUCUCUCCUUUACUGAACAGAGCUGGAUGGACCUGCAUGGUGUGUUUGUAUUUUCUCCUACCUCUACAAAUGUGACCGUGAUGUUCCCAACUGGAGCCGGGGUGGAAGUGCGACUGAGAGAGGGUACCAUGACGACCACGGUGCUCCUGCCAGAAGAGUUCAAAGACUCCACUCUUGGGCUGCUGGGAAAGAUGAACGGUGACGCCAUGGAUGACCUCGCUCUCAGCAAUGGUCAACUUGUGCAGAACCACAGCAAUCCAGAGGAGCUAUUCAGUUUUGGGGCGAGCUGGGCUGUCUACAACGAGUCUGCCUUGUUCACAUAUGAUUCAGAAUAUCUUUUGGAAGAGUAUUACUAUGGCCCCAGACACGACCUUCAUUUUGUUCCAGUGUUUUCUGUCCCUGAGAGUCCAGAUGAUCCAUUAGCCAGUCAGGCAUCUGAGAUAUGCUCUGGAGAGGGCUCCCAGUUUUGUAGGUAUGAUAUCCUGGUAGGUCGUAGUCCAAAAAUGGGAAAUGCUACCAGAAUGUCUUUCCAGAGUCACAUUUCUCUUGUGCAGGAUCUAAAGCCAGUGAUAUCCUGUGGUUGGCUUUCACCACCAACAAAUGGGAUGAAAAAGGGGACCACAUAUUUACAAGGAGCUAAGGUGCAGUUUUCCUGCGAUGAUGGCUACACUCUCAAAGGAUCAGCAGAGCGCGUCUGCCAGGGCAACGGCCAGUGGUCUGGAGAAGAAACCAACUGCAUGAUUCCCAGUAAUGUUGCUGGAAUUGUGGCUGGUUCAGUCAUUGGAGCUGUCGCACUGUUUGUAAUUGUAUUAACAAUCGUACUCAGCAGCAGAAAACAGAAAAGAAAAGCUGCACAGUCAAAAGACGAUGUGAUAACUGAGGCCUUCUAAACUCAAUUCUUGAUUUGCUGUCAACUGGAACAUCAAAAGCUGUAAGAUGGAUACAUGCAUAAAUAUAUGCUUAGAUAAAGACUAAACACAGAACAAUACAGAAGAGAUAUCCACAGCCCUGAUUCAGACUUGUAUAUAUAUCAUAAAAUUGAGCAAAGGUCCCUGCAAAGUUAAAAAGUAACUACACACUCCAUCUUCCAAGGCAGACAUGCACUGACUUUUGUAGGUUUAAAAUUAACCCGUGUUGUACUUUUGUUCACACCCACCAUCACUGCAAUGCAUUCUGGGCUAGAAACAGCUUUAUGUUCAGUGUAAAGGGAAAACACUUUAUGAAAGUUUGUGCUUUCAUUUACUUCAAGUUGGAGGACCUGUGUAAAAUGAUUGGUCUAAAUCAAUAAUUGAUAAAAUUCCUGUCAAAGGUCAAUACAUUAACAAUGCAACAGUCUAAACACUCCAUUAUUGUUAAUAUUAAAUUAUUGUUGUUUUGUAUAUUGUUAAUAAAAAGUGUACUCUUUGGACAGCUCUUCAGAUCACCUGUAUAUUUGCAGAAAACAGGAAAAACACUAAGAUGAAAUAAACUCUGCACAGUA